AUGGACGGUCUCGGCAAUCAGAACACUCGAUCUGAUUGGUACGACCUGCUUUACCCCCGAAUAUCUUCAAUCUUUACACGCGAUCGGAAAUUACAUCAUGAGAGGCGGAAGAUGUGGGAACAGGCCCUGAGCACAAAGGGUGAAAAGCAAUCAAUUAACCAACAGAUGGUACGAACACUUGAAUCCCUGAUCUCCGCACAAGGCUCGCAGCCUGUUGUCAUAAAUGAUCUGAUGUACUUCUUCGCUUUUGAUUCGAUGGGCGACUUUGCCUUCAGUGAAGACUUUGGCAUGAUGGAGAAUAAGAAAUGGCAUUCCUCAAUAGCCAAACUGCGCUCAGCGCUCACACUCCUCGGUCCGUUCACCCCUGCUAUCUGGAUCCCGCGACUUGGAUUCGCCUUUGUUCCCACGUGGUGGAAAGUGGGACAUUGGUUUCAUAUGCUUGAAUUCUGCGAUCAGUGUAUGGCCCGACGCAUGAAGAAAACCCUUUCCGAUCGUGAUAUUGCAUCCUGGUUCAUCGAAGACCACGCUAAACACGAAACAGAACCCGCGCGCACGCAGUGGUUGAGCGGCGAUACAGCAACACUCGUUGUGGCGGGUAGUGACACUACGGCCCCGAGCCUGACUCUGCUGUUCUACUUCCUUGCCCGGUAUCCAGAACACACAGAGAAAAUAUUUGAAGAGAUCCAAGGAGUCGAUAGAGACAGUCCAGCUACUUUAGCCACGUUAGCUCAUUUGAAUGGAACGAUAAACGAAAUGAUGCGGUUACUGCCAGCAGCAUUGACGUUUAGUUCGCGGGUCACGCCAACAGAAGGAAUAAUGGUCGAUGGCACAUUUAUUCCAGGAAACACCAAGAUAUGUGCACCGCGGUACACGAUCGGACGACUUGAAACGGCAUACGCCUACCCGCACAAGUUCAUUCCCGAGCGCUGGUAUAGCAAACCUGAGCUCAUCAAGGAUAAACGGGCUUUUGCUCCUUUCGGGAUCGGUCGGACGAGCUGUGUCGGUCGCCACCUUGCGCUUGCGCAACUCAGACUCGUUACUGCGGCAUUGGUAUCCCGCUAUCGGAUCAAAUUUGCAGCUGGUGAAAACAACGGCGAAGCUGUUGAGCGAGACAUGAAAGACCAGUUGACUGCGCAGCCAGGUGCUUGUCGCAGCCACAAUUUCGGUGUUUACACCAACCAGUCCCGCCGCGCGCAUUUCCGUCGCCAAUCGGUCCCAGCCGGACUCAAAGAGAGGCUUCAUCGCACGCAUAAACAUAGCCCCCAUAGCACUAGCAGUCUCGGUCGUGGAGUGCGGUCCUCUUGGAAGAUGGCGAACGUUGGUGAAAUCACAUUCUUCCCAUUGCAUAGCGCCGCCUGGCUUGAGCAGCUGUACCAAAUUACGGACAACUUCCGCCCACUGUGA